AUGUUCAUUUAUCAAAAUGUUGAGCAAAUAGCAGAUAUUUAUGCUACAAUAAAUUGCUUCAACCCAGUUCCAGCAUUUUAUGAAUGUAUAAAGUCAAAAAACUAUAAUGCUAUACCUCCUAACUACUAUAUAAUGACAACUGCUAUGAAUUUUUCAUGGGUAAUAUAUGGAUUAAAAACUCAAAAUGAAGUUCUUAGUACAGUUAGCUUGAAAUAUUCACUCCUUUUUGCAGCUUUUGCUUUACUUUCAAUUUAUUUCACUAAAUAGUAUAAGAAAAUAAUAACUCUAGUUGCUGUUUUUGCCAUCGAAUAUGUAAUCUUGAAUAUGCUUGAAUAACAAUAUUUAGGAAUUUCCUGUACUAUUGUUUAAUUUAUAUCAGAUUCAUUUCAAUUUGAGCCAAUAGUAACUUAUCAUACAUAAUAUUUCAAAGUUAUUUAAAUAUUUUUUUAUUUAUUUAAAGAUUCAGGCAAUUAAAAAUAAUAAUUCAAGCUAUAUUAAUACUAAGUAAUAGAUUAUUAGUGGUAUAUCAAGUACUUUAUGGACUAUGAUAGGACAUAAAGCCAAUGA